AUCGACACCAGCCUCCUUUGACCGCGCCCAAAAUUCCCAAUGCGCAAGCAACUGGACCCACGGAUUCCUAUCCUCAUCAAUAACAAUGUCAAGGAGAACCACAGGUCUUUCAUAGUCCUCGUAGGAGACAAGGGACGAGAUCAGAUUGUCAACUUGCAUUUCUUGCUAUCGCAAGCUAGAAUUUCUGCCCGUCCAUCAGUGCUCUGGUGCUAUAAGAAGGACCUCGGGUUUACGACUCACCGCAAGAAGCGAGAAGCCAAAAUUAAACGCGAUGUCAAGCGCGGUAUUCGAGAGGCCAACGACCAAAACCCAUUUGAGAUAUUCGUAACUGUGACCGAUAUCCGCUAUACAUACUACAAAGAGUCGCACAAAAUUCUCGGUAACACCUAUGGUAUGCUCGUUCUCCAGGACUUCGAGGCUAUCACCCCAAAUUUGCUCGCUCGCACGAUCGAAACGGUGGAAGGAGGUGGAUUGGUCGUGUUGCUGCUGAAGACCAUGACAUCACUAAGACAGCUCUAUAACAUGACUAUGGAUGUCCAUUCACGAUACCGAACCUCGUCUCAUGAUUCCGUGGUCGCGCGUUUCAACGAGCGUUUCAUUCUCUCGCUUGGAUCAUGCGACGACUGUAUUGUACUUGACGAUGAGCUGAACGUCUUACCGAUCUCCCGCGGAAAGGACAUCACUCCCAUCGAAGAGGACCGGAGCAAGGGAAAAGAGAACUCAGAGCUCAAGGACCUCAAAGACAGUCUCGCAGACACAAAACCAGUUGGCGAGCUUGUCAAGCUUGCCAAAACGACAGAUCAGGCUCAGGCAAUACUCACUUUUGUAGACGCCAUCGCGGAGAAGACCUUGAGCUCUACCGUGACACUCACGGCCGGACGUGGACGUGGUAAAUCCGCUGCAUUAGGCUUGGCUAUCGCGGCUGCACUGGCCCAUGGGUACUCUAAUAUCUUUGUGACUAGCCCAAGCCCAGAAAACUUGAACACUCUCUUCGAAUUCAUCUUCAAGGGGAUGGACGCACUCGGCUACGAGGAACACCUGGACUAUGAUAUUGCGCAGAGUACGAACCCGGAUUUCAACAAGGCUAUCGUACGCGUUAACGUCUUUCGGGAACAUCGGCAGACCAUCCAGUAUAUACAACCUCAAGAUGCUCAUGUCCUCGGUCAGGCAGAGCUUGUCAUUAUUGAUGAGGCUGCCGCGAUCCCACUGCCUCUCGUGCGGAACCUGAUAGGGCCAUACCUUGUUUUCCUAGCGUCCACCAUAAAUGGGUACGAGGGCACUGGUCGUUCUCUAUCUCUCAAGUUGAUCCAACAGCUCCGCGAGACCACCCGACCAUCACUAUCAAAGGACACUUCCUUGCCUUCAGAGGAUGCGACAACAUCUUCCAAAAAGCCUACCCAUGCUGCCCCAGUAAAGGUUCGGACUCUACGUGAGAUCAAGCUGGAGGUUCCUAUCCGUUACAGUGCAGGCGAUCGUGUUGAGCGCUGGCUCAACGGUCUUCUUUGCCUUGAUGCUACUGCUGCUCCUCGUUCAGCACACCACGGCACACCGCACCCAUCGCAAUGCGAACUAUUUUACGUAUCUCGAGACACUCUCUUCUCGUACCAUCCCGCAUCUGAGGUCUUCCUCCAACGCAUGAUGGCACUUUACGUCGCCUCUCACUACAAGAACCAGCCAAACGACUUGCAGCUCAUGUCAGAUGCGCCGGCACAUCACUUGUUUGUGCUCCUUCCUCCACUCAAGGAUGACGAGAGCCAUCUUCCCGAGCCCCUCGUCGUUCUACAAGUUGCCCUUGAGGGUAAUAUCAGUCGACAGGCAAUCAUGGACGGCUUAAGCAGAGGUCUAAGAGCUGGAGGAGAUAUGAUUCCUUGGCUUGUUGCACAGCAGUUCCAAGAGAGCAAAUUUGCUUUGAUGAGCGGAGCGAGAGUCGUUAGGAUUGCGACACAUCCUGAUUAUGCCAAUAUGGGAUAUGGUGCCCGUGCUCUGCAAGCCCUCAAUGCAUAUUACUCUGGGGAGUACUUCAAUCUCGAUGAGGCACCCAGAGAUGAGCCAGUGUAUCCCGAUGUAGCAGCGGUUGAUAGCUCGACAGACCUUCUGACGGAUAACCCAACUAUCCGAGCCCCGUCUGCGAUGCCUCCUCUCCUCCAACGCCUAACCGAACGAAAACCCGAGAGCUUAGACUACCUCGGUGUCUCCUAUGGACUCACGCCACAGCUCCUUCGGUUCUGGAAGCGAGCAGGGUAUGUCCCGCUCUACGUCCGACAAACACAGAGCGACCUUACAGGGGAGCAUACCUGUGUGAUGGUGCGCGGUCUCAACGCAGCAAAUGAUGAUGAACUGCAAUGGCUCGGAGAGUUUGCAAAAGACUUCCGUCGGCGCUUCAUCUCGUUGCUCUCGUUCAAGUUCCGAGAGUUUGGGAGCGUGAUGGGGCUAAGCGUCCUGGAGGCUGCAAAUGCCGGUGUGAAGUACCUUGAAGCGGCUCAAUUAUCAGGACUUGCCUCUGCAGAGCUUUCUUUCCUCAUGACGCCUUUCGAUCUCAAGCGACUAGAAUCUUAUGCGCAAAACUCACUAGACUAUCAUGUAAUCCUUGAUCUUCUUCCGACAGUCGCAUCCCUUUACUUUGAGAAGCGUCUCGGUGACGGAAUACGGUUGAGUGCGAUCCAGAGCAGUCUGUUGCUCGGAAUGGGGUUGCAGAGAAAGACUGUCGAAGAAGUUGAGGUCGAGCUGCAACUUCCUGUUUCCCAAGCCCUUGCCCUUUUCGUGAAAUUGAUCCGUAAAAUCACGACGAAGUUACAGGACAUCCAGAAGGCCGCUAUCAGCGCCAGCAUUCCAGACGCCUCCACGCAACCUCCGAUUACCGGGUCCCGCGUUAUUGGCGAGGGUCUGCAGCUACAAUCAGAACAGGCUGUGAAGGGUAUGGAAGCCGAGCUCAAUGAAGCUGGCGGAGAAGUCACGAAUGCGCUGCGGGAAAAGCAGCGUGCGAUGAUCGACGCUCUAGACAUCAGUCGGUUCGCCAUCAACGAUGCAUCCGCGGACUGGUCAUCCGCAGAGGCGCAGGUCCAGAACAACCUGUCGAUAGGGAAGGGACGUUCGACGGUCGUGAGCGUGAAAAACAUUGCUACCGGAACUAAGCGCAAGGCCGAGGGCGAAAGCGGUGGGGGCGAUGAUAAGAAGAAAACACGGAGAAGCACCAAUAAAAAAUCAAAACGAUAGACGAUUGGUUUAGGAUUUUCCUGUCGAAUGUCGAGUUCGCUUAUUAUAUCCCGAACUCACUAAAAGUAUAUACGCUCGUGGAUGUACCGCAUACUGUACUCGUCGCUGUCACCGCGCUUCGGAUUCGUGUCUUCG